UAGGAAUCCCCCUAUUAUCUUGACAUGGUUUAGAUAGUUUAGUAUUAAGGGACGACACCUUUAGUCUUUCUUCAUUACAGUGAUAUGACGAUAAAGCGUGCAGUUGACACUGUGGUCUGUGACGAUCAAGGUCUAUGAGGGUUUGAAGCCUCAAUCAAUCACUAGUAUAGAAACACCUCCAUAGGAAACUCUAUUUUAUGGAACGGAAGAUCUAACAAGGCAUUGUUUAGAAACUGGUUCAAGUGUUAUAUUGAAGCAUCCCAGGAAACAAAUGUUUCCUGUAUUUUGAUAUUGCAUAAACGUGGUAUCGAGGAAUUUCCAAGCAGUUGCAGUGUUUACUGCUGUUGCAUUGUUUUCAUAUGAUAAGGACAUAAUUUGUAGUGAUUUAGUUUUGGUGUUAUUGUUUGAACUAUGGAGGGUAGUUUUACUACUCUUCAAUCUCCUCCUUGCUCUACUAGCAUGUACAGUAAUGGACAGCCAGUGUGUGAAAUGUUAUAUAGCCAGGUCAAGGUAGAACCGGACACUCACUAUCCAUCUAAUGGCUACAGUAGGCAGGCCAUGAGACCAGACCAUUUCUCAGACAGUUGCAGACAGAAUCGCUAUAAUGGGCAUAAUCUUCGUAUGGAUUGCAUGAGGCAGGACAGUUCAUCUAACUUUUACUCAGAUACCCAGAGCUCAUGCUCCAAAAUGUCCCCCCACUGUGGUGGCAGCCCCCCUGGCUAUUCCUCUUAUCCUGUUUAUAAUAACAAUUCUAUGCAAAGUCCUCUGUCAUGUGCACUUGGAAUGCAAAGACCAAGAAAGAGUCAAGGAAUGUCAAUUUGGGCAAAGACCCAGUUGUUGCCCCAAGAACUCCUCAAACAUGUAUCAAGUUUGUAUGAGAGUUCACAGAUCCCAAUUGAGGUUCGGCAUUACUUUGCUGACUGGAUAGAGGAACAGCCAUGGGGACAGAUUGAUGAGAGCAAUCCUACACAGCGAGACCAGCUGUUUGCAGAGCAGCUUCUGAACAAACUCAUAGAAGAAAUAGAAAACAAAUCUGCAGAACUUCCACAGCAGAAUGAGUACUUCUUACUCAAGCUCAAGUUUCAGGAAGUGGCAAAUCAGUUUAGGUCGCAGUACUCCCAGAGUCCGCUGGAACUCGUACGUACGAUCAAGAGGAACCUGGCAACAGAGGAAGCUUUGGUCCGUCAACAUGAAAACGUAAGAUCUGGGAUACAUCUCCUGAUGCAUCGGGAUGAUUCAGUGGCAGAGAAUCCUACAACAGUUCCAAUGCCUGGUUUUGACAAAGAUAAACUCAUCAUGUCCAAGAUUGAAAGUGUUGGAGUGCAAGUAUCUGAGUCGGAGAGGAUGGUCAAAGAGCUAACAGAUAAACAGGAAGUGUUUACAAUUAACUACCAAAAACAGCUUCAGAUCAACAGUCGAUUAAAUCAGACAUGUUCAGAGAAAUACCUAGCUACCCUGUCACCAGAGGAAAUUCAGCGAGUGACAGAGAUGAGAAAAAAUCUGGAAAAGCAGAAAAAGGACUUUGAAUCUGUGUUAGCUAAGGGAGCUCAAACGCUCAUCAAUGCCAGAGUGGAGAUUGCUGAGAAGUUGAGUAAGAAUUUUGAGGCUCUUGAGGAGGUAAGACAUCAGGUGGUCGACCAGGAGCUGAUAGAAUGGAAGCGUCAACAGCAGCUGGCAGGAAACGGAGCCCCAUUUGAUCCUCAGUUACUGGAUAACUUACAGAAAUGGGUUGAGUCCACGGUGGAUCUGGUGUGGAGGAGCAGACAACAGGUGAUUAAACUGGAAGGACUGUGUAGCAGCAUUCCACUCCAGCUGCCAAACGGGAAAGACGAAGACGUGUCAGUUCUAAACAACAAAAUUACCAGCAUUCUGUCUUCCAUUGUGACAAGCACAUUUAUUGUUGAACACCAGCCUCCACAGGUUUUAAAGAGAGAUUCUAGAUUCAGUGCUCGGGUUCGUCUUCUGGUGGGAGGCAAACUAACCAUUCACCUGACCCCUCCAACUGUGACUGCCUCCAUUAUCAGUGAAGCCCAGGCAAAGCUUUUGUUGAGGGGCCCCAAUAGACGUCCAGAGAACAACUGUGGGAAGAUCCUCAACAACUCAGGCACAAUGGAAUUCCAACCUCAGAAAGGAGAACUCAGUAUCGAGUUCAGGAAUAUGAUUCUGAAGUCAAUUAAAAGAGCAGAGAAGAGAGGGACAGAGGCUGUGACAGAGGAGAAAUUCUGUAUUUUGUUCCAAAGUUCCUUCCAUUUAGGAAUGACAGUAAACGAGCUACAGUUUGAGGUUUGGACCAUCUCCCUGCCUGUAGUUGUGACUGUCCAUGGCAACCAAGAAUGUAAUGCUGUAGCAACGGUUUUAUGGGAUAACCAGUUUAGUGAACCAGGAAGGAUGCCAUUCACUGUACCUGACCAGGUGCCCUGGCCAGAUCUAGUCAAGUUACUGGACAUCAAGUUCAAAUCCAUGGCAGAGAGAGGACUCACUUUGGAAAACAAGCAGUAUCUAGCUACCAAGCUGUUUGGGGGAUCAAUUGAUGACAACUUUUCCCAGAAGAUGGUGACCUGGAGUGCAUUCAACAGAGACCCGCUGCAGUCCAGAAAUUACACAUUCUGGGAGUGGUUCUAUCAGGCCAUGAAGCUCACUAAGGAACACAUGCGUGGUCCAUGGAAGGAAGGAUAUAUUAAUGGAUUCAUCAGCAAACUGGAUUCCCAGCGACUUCUGGAGAAAUGUAACGUGGGAACUUUUCUCCUGCGAUUCAGUGACAACUUCAUUGGUGGAAUCACUAUUGCUUGGCUAGCUGAGGAUAAAACUGGUAAAAAACAAAUCUGGAACUUGCAGCCAUUCAGUGGCAAGGACUUCCAAAUCCGCGGACUAGCUGAGAGAAUUAACGACCUGCCUCAGCUAUUGACUCUGUAUCCAGAUAUACCAAAACAGAUCGCAUUUAGCAAAUUCAUGACACAAACAACACACCAUCCUGGUAUUGGGACUGAUGGCUACAUACCACAUAACCUGAGAAUGGUACCAGAUACAACAGACCUGAAUGAUAUGAAUGGAUUUACCAUGUCCCCUGAGAACCCCCUGACUCCCCAGCCACUUGAGGUCAAUGAGACAGACUCCAUAGCAACAUGCCUGUCCCCACAGAGCAAUGUCUGCACUACCACUGCUGAUGGGACAACCCUGAUGGAUUUGGACCAGUAUGAAUUACAGGAGCUACCAGGCUCAGGAAUGGAUUAUAAUGCAGAUAAUGUGUUUGAGUUGAAUGAUCAGGACUUUAAUGACAUCAACUUCACCAGGCUCCUGGAGUCAGCAGGUGCCAUGUUUUCAACUCAGAACAACAUAAAUGGCAAUAUGAACACAAUGAAUGGUUCCCCUAACUGA